UCGUGCGGCUCGGCCGGGUGGCUGGGAAGACCAAGUACACACUGAUAGAUGAGCAAGACAUCCCGCUGGUGGAGGGCUACUCCUUUGAGGCCCGGAUGGAUGUCGAUGCGGAUGGAAAUGGUGCUAAGAUAUUUGCAUAUGCCUUCGACAAAAACCGAGGAAGGGGGUCUGGAAGGCUCCUUCAUGAGCUGCUGUGGGAGCGGCACCGGGGAGGCAUUGCCCCCGGGUUUCAGGUGGUGCAUCUCAAUGCUGUGACCGUGGACAAUCGCCUGGACAACCUGCAGCUGGUGCCGUGGGGCUGGCGGCCCAAAGCCGAGGAGACCUCCAGCAAACAAAGGGAGCAGAGCUUAUAUUGGCUUGCGAUUCAGCAGCUUCCCACGGACCCCAUAGAAGAGCAGUUCCCCGUCUUGAAUGUGACCCGGUACUAUAACGCCAAUGGGGACGUGGUGGAGGAGGAGGAGAAUUCCUGCACCUACUACGAGUGCCAUUACCCUCCCUGCACGAUGAUCGAGAAGCAGCUCCGGGAGUUCAACAUCUGUGGGCGCUGCCAGGUGGCCAGGUACUGUGGCUCCCAGUGCCAGCAGAAGGACUGGCCUGCCCACAAGAAGCACUGUCGGGAGAAGAAGCGCCCCUUCCAGCACGAGCUAGAGCCGGAGCGGUGACGGGCAGCAGGGCGGCAGUGCAGCCCCCGUGCACGUGGCUUCCAGACCUUCCUCGGGCACAGCAGACACAGACUGGUGGUUGAACCUGGAAGUGCUGAAGGAGCCAGUGAUGCACACCCAGGACAGCCGCCGUGGAGCCCCUUGUCGUGGGCACUUUGUGCGGGCACAGCGCUCCCCUCCAAGUGUUAACCUCAAGCAGAGACAGCUGGGGAGGCUCCCGCCAGGAUGCUUCUCAUUAUUUAUAUGUUAAUAUGUUUGUAAACUCAUGUACAGUUUUUUUGUGGGGGGAGGCAGUGAGAGGGUUAGAAAUUACAAAUAGAAUCAUUUGUGGUAAUCUUCAAAUGGCAAACAGCCGGGCCACAUGCCUAAAAACUGUCAUGUGGCAGAUGCUUCUCUCCUGGGCAGCUGCAGCCUGAAGAGCAUGGGCUGUGUGGAGUCGUAGCCACAAGGCAAAGUAAAGGGGUGGAGUCGUCUGGUG